AUGGAAAGCACAGCGAUUUUGAGAGAGUGGUUCGAUCGGGUUGACUCAGACAAAACUGGAUGCAUCGUCGCUACUCAACUCAAGAGUGCUUUUGCUGUCGGAAACCUUCAUUUCCCCACCUCCGUUGUUCAACAAAUGAUCAGGAUGUACGAUUUUGACAAAAAUGGAACUAUGAGCUUUGAAGAGUUUGUCGAACUUAACAAGUUUCUGCUAAAGGUUCAACAGGCCUUUUCAGACUUGGAGAGGGGACGUGGAUUUCUUGUUCCUGAUGAAGUUUACAAGGCGCUGGUGAAACUUGAAUUCUCUCUCGACUCUCCAGCUUUUUAUACUGUUUGUGAGAGUUUUGAUCAAACGAGAUGUGGAAAGUUCAGACUCGACGACUUUAUAUCUCUUUGUAUAUUUGUACAGUCAUCAAGGUCAGUAAAUCAAUGA